AACUAUUGGAUCUUUAGUUUCUGCAUAGCCGACUACGUCAUGGGCGGACUCUGUGUCCCCAUGCAGGCCUUCAGCCACAUGUCGAGCACGUGCGGCCUCGUACUCGCGGGGAAGCUGCUGUGUCUGUCUCGGAUAGCGUCUGCCGUGCUGGUCGGAGUCGGGUCCUUGUACACUUUGUUGUUUUUCACGCUUGACCGCUUCGUGGAGAUCGCGUGGCCCGCGGGGUAUCGAAAACUGGUGACGACAAAAAUGACGAUGUUCGUCAUUUAUCUCGUCUGGUGCCACGCUCUGAUCUGGGCCCUCCUGCCGCUGGCCGGAUGGAACCGGUUCGACCGCACGCUGUGGCCACUCGUGAUAAGGUGCAAUUUUCAUGUGGCUCUGCCCGACAACUACAUCUUCAUCACAUACAUCCAUUUCGCGGUGUGCGUGGUGGUCUCCAUCAUCGCGUUUUUAAGCAUGAUUGUUUCCAUCCGGUGGCAGAUCGCCGUCUUCAGGAAAACCGUCUCGUACUUCACGUUCGAUCAGUUCAACUUCUUCCUGGAUCGGGUAGACUUUGUGAAGAUCAUCUUCUGGAUUUUCGUCUGCUACAUCAUCACGUGGAUACCUUUCCUGGUCGUUGUGCCGCUCGGC